AUGGAGUGUCCUUCAGGACUCCGUAGUCUUUCGCUGUUCGUUUUGGCUGGGACGGUCUCAGCCGGCGUCUUACAAGCUCGGGAUCCCGUACCUAGCGGUUAUGUCGCAGCUCCGUAUUACCCAGCCCCUUACGGCGGCUGGACCGAUGACUGGUCCGAAAGCUACGACAAGGCAAUCAAGUUGGUCUCACAGAUGACUCUAGCUGAAAAAGUUAACAUAACCGCCGGUACUGGAUUCUUCAUGGGACCUUGUGUCGGAAAUACCGGCAGCGUUCCACGACUGGGAAUUCCGAAUUUGUGCUUGCAGGAUGGUCCUCUGGGCGUGCGCACGACAGAUAAUAUCACCGCCUUUCCUGCCGGAAUUAGUACAGGUGCAACGUUCAACAAGGACCUCAUGUACCAGAGAGGCGUUGCCCUCGGUGAGGAAUUCAGGGGCAAGGGUGCCAAUUUCUACCUCGGACCAUGCGUCGGUCCCCUUGGAAGGAAGCCACGCGGAGGACGAAACUGGGAAGGCUUUGGAGUAGACCCGGUGCUCCAAGCAGUCGCCGGAGCGGCGACGAUUAAAGGAGUUCAGGAGCAGGGUGUCAUCGCUACGCUAAAGCACUUGAUCGGAUAUGAGCAAGAGCUUUAUCGCAUGUAUAACCCGUUCCAGCAGGGCUACAGUGCAAAUAUCGAUGACCGGGCACUGCACGAAUUAUACCUUUGGCCUUUUGCCGAAGGUGUAAAAGCUGGUGUGGGUUCGAUCAUGACAUCUUAUAAUGCGGUCAAUGGUUCUGCUUCUUCUCAAAACAGUUACGCUAUCAACGGUCUCUUGAAGGAUGAGCUAGGGUUUCAAGGCUUGGUGAUGACGGAUUGGCUCGCACAGAUUUCGGGAGUAGGCUCUGCUCUCGCUGGUCUCGACAUGUCUAUGCCCGGAGACACAGUCGGUAAUAAUAUCCCGCUGACUGGUUAUUCGAACUGGAUGUAUGAACUCACACGCUCGGUACUGAACGGCUCCGUACCUGUCGACCGGUUGAACGACAUGGCCACACGUAUCGUCGCUACGUGGUAUCAGCUCGGCCAAGACAAGGACUACCCGCUCCCUAACUUCUCUUCGAAUACCGCCGACGCCACAGGGCCGCUUUACCCAGGAGCUUUAUUUUCGCCAUCUGGUGUAGUUAAUCAAUACGUCAAUGUGCAAGGAAACCAUAAAGUGGUAGCCAAACAAGUCGCUCAAGAGGCCGUCACCCUACUGAAGAACAACGGAAGCUUCCUCCCGUUGUCGACCUCGUCGCCCCUUUUCGUUUUCGGCACCGAUGCGCAAACCGAUCCCCAAGGCGCCAACUCGUGCACGGACAAGAGUUGCAACAGGGGUCUCUUGGGCAUGGGCUGGGGCUCUGGAUCUGCCAACUAUCCAUACAUAGACGACCCAAUCAGCUCGCUAAAGCGUAAAGCGGCUAACGUGACGUACUACGCAACGGACAGUUUCCCUACGGUCGCAACACCCACCGAUGACGACGUUGCUAUCGUGUUUAUCACCUCCGACUCGGGCGAAAACUCGUACACAGUCGAAGACAACCACGGCGACCGGGACGCCUCCGGCCUCGUCGCAUGGCACAACGGGGACACGCUUGUCCAACAAGCAGCGGCCAAAUACAGCAGCGUCAUCGUCGUCGUCCACACCGUCGGCCCCAUCGUCAUGGAACCGUGGAUCGACCUGCCGUCCGUGAAAGCCGUGCUCAACGCGCACCUGCCGGGCCAAGAAGCCGGCGACUCGCUCACCGAGAUCCUGUUCGGCGAGGUCUCGCCCAGCGGGCACCUGCCGUACAGCAUCCCCGUCGCGGAGACGGACUACCCGGAUUCGCUGAACCUGGUCGCGACCCCGUUUAGCCAGACCCAGGACACGUACUCGGAGGGCCUGUACAUCGACUACCGGUACCUGAACAAGGCGGGCGUGAAGCCGCGCUUCGCCUUCGGCCACGGGCUCAGCUACGCCAACUUCUCGUUUUCCAAACCCUCCAUCACGCGCGUCACGCCGCUCUCCGAGGUGCCGCCCGCGCGCCCCGCCAAGCCCACGUCCCCCGUCGCCGCCAUGAACACCACCAUCCCGGCCGCGAGCGAGGCCUACUACCCCGACGGUUUUAGUACUAUAUGGCGGUACCUGUACUCGUGGCUCAGCACGUCGGACGCCGACGCCGCGUACAAGAUCGGCGCGGCGGGCACGUCCAAGUACCCCUACCCCGCGGGCUACUCCGGCGUGCAGCGGACGACGGGCCCGCCCGCCGGCGGCGCCAGCGGAGGGAACCCAGCCCUGUGGGAUGUCGCGUACACGCUUGCCGUCACGGUGACGAAUACGGCGACGAGCGGCCCGGCCGCGAAGGCGCUCGCGCAGGUCUACGUGCAGUUCCCCGAGGGUAUUAGUUACGACACCCCCGUCAUUCAGUUGCGCGAUUUCGAGAAGACGGAGGCGUUGCAGCCGGGCGAGAGCGCGACGGUCGGCUUCACGAUCACGCGCAAGGAUUUGAGCGUCUGGGAUACGGUGAGCCAGAAUUGGGUCGUCCCGGAUACGGCGGGCCGGUACAAGAUUUGGAUCGGGGAAGCGAGCGAUGCGUUGGGUACGGUGUGCUACUCGGAUAGCUUGGCUUGCGAGAGCGGUGUUGCGAGUCCGGUUUGA